AUGUAUUCGCCUACAGCCCCGCAGAAGACCACAAGGUAAGCGACGCCCAGGUAAGCUGAAUGUUGUCUUGUUGUCUUUGCCCGCUCACCAUCUUCACUUCAGCAAUGAUCUAGCUCAAAGGCUAGGCAACCUUCCUAUCGCUGCCGACGCCGCCGCUGCCGAGAACACCUCCGUGGAGAACCGCUGGUGUCAACUGCGAGACACGGUCCAGUCGACGGCGCUCACCGUCCUCGGUCGCGCUCCCCACCAACACCAGGACUGGUUCGACGACAACGACGUCGCCAUCACCAAUCUGCUCGCUGAGGAAAACCGCAUACAAAAAGCCUAUGUAGACCACCCCACCGACGACAACAGAGCUGCUUUCUACCGUUGUCGUCGCCUCCUACAACAGCGACUGCGCGAGAGACAGGACGCCUGGACGGCUCGCAAGGCUGAGGAGAUUCAAGGGUACGCGGACCGCAACGAAUGAAGGAACAUCUUCUCUGCGAUCAAAACUGUCUACGGUCCGCCGACGAAGGGCACUGCUCCUCUCCUCAGCGCCGACGGUAGCACCCUUCUGACUGAGAAGGCGCAAAUUCUACAGCGAUGGACCGAGCAUUUUCGAGGCGUCCUCUACCGACCUUCCACCAUCUCCGACGCCGCCAUCGACCGUUUUUCACAAGUGGAGACCAACGUGGACCUCGACCUCCCGCCAUCUCUCCAGGAAACCAUCAGGGCCGUGCAGCAACUCUCCAGGGGGAUGGCACCCGGAUCGAACGCAAUCCCUGCUGAGGUCUACAAGCACGGAGGUCCCCAACUAAUGGACCACCUGACUGCGCUCUUCCAGGAGAUGUGGCGUCAAGGUGAAGUCCCGCACGAUUUCAAAGACGCAACCAUCGUGCAUCUCUACAAGCGAAAAGGAAACCGCCAAGUCUGCGACAAUCACCGCGGCAUCUCCUUGCUUAACAUCGCCGGGAAGAUCUUCGCUCGCAUCCUUCUCAACCGCCUCAAUAACCAUCUCGAACAGGGUCUUCUGUCGGAAAUCCAGUGCGGCUUCCGUCGUCAUCGUGGGACCACAGACACGAUCUUCGCCGCCCGUCAACUUCAGGAGAAGUGCCAGGAGAUGCAGACCCACCUGCACUCUACCUUCGUAGACCUGACGAAAGCCUUUGAUACGGUGACUCGUGAAGGACUGUGGAAGAUCAUGCUGAAAUUCGGCUGUCCGGAGCGAUUCACUUAG